UGGGGCGGGGCUAAGCCGGGCAAAGUCCGGAAGCAAAUAAAGACAUAAUACGGCGCUGAGGGAGAUCAAUAGUCGUCUUGUUGCAAGUCAUUUCAUCAGCCGACAUGGCGGACAGCAGAGACCAAGCUAGCGACCAGAUGAAGACGUGGAAGGAGAAGAAAGGCUCUCAGAGGCCAGACCAGCUGACCACAGGAGCCGGCCAUCCUAUCGGGGACAAGCUAAACCUGCAGACGGCCGGACCCAGGGGCCCCCUGUUGGUUCAGGAUGUGGUCUUCACCGAUGAGAUGGCUCACUUUGACCGGGAACGCAUCCCAGAGCGAGUGGUGCACGCCAAAGGGGCAGGAGCGUUUGGCUACUUUGAGGUGACGCACGACAUCACGCGCUACUGCAAGGCCAAAGUCUUUGAGCACGUGGGCAAAGUGACGCCCAUUGCCGUCCGCUUCUCCACUGUGGCGGGAGAGUCUGGCUCGGCGGACACGGUGCGGGAUCCCCGUGGCUUUGCCGUCAAGUUUUACACGGAGGAGGGCAACUGGGACCUGACGGGCAACAACACACCCGUAUUUUUCAUCAGGGAUGCCAUGCUGUUCCCAUCCUUCAUCCACACGCAGAAGCGCAAUCCUCAGACCCACAUGAGGGACCCGGACAUGGUGUGGGACUUCUUGAGUCUGAGACCCGAGAGUCUCCAUCAGGUCUCCUUCCUCUUCAGCGAUCGUGGUUUGCCGGACGGCUACCGCCACAUGAACGGCUACGGCUCACACACCUUCAAGCUGCUCAAUGCUGACGGGGAGCGAAUCUACUGCAAGUUCCACUACAAGACUGACCAGGGAAUCAAGAAUCUGGCUGUGGACGAGGCAGACCGUCUGGCUUCCACCAACCCCGACUACGCCAUCGCAGACCUGUUCAACGCCAUCGCCGAUGGAAACUACCCAUCCUGGACCUUCUACAUCCAGGUCAUGACCUUUGAGCAGGCGGAGAAGUUCCGCUUCAACCCAUUUGACCUGACCAAGGUGUGGCCACAUAAAGAGUAUCCGUUGAUCCCGGUGGGUAAAAUGGUUCUGAACAGGAACCCGGUCAACUACUUUGCAGAGGUGGAGCAGCUGGCCUUUGACCCCAGCAACAUGCCGUCAGGCAUCGAGGCCAGCCCUGAUAAGAUGCUGCAGGGUCGCCUCUUCGCCUAUCCAGACACACAUCGGCACCGGCUGGGGGCCAACUACCUGCAGAUCCCCGUCAACUGCCCCUUCAGGGCCCGGGUGGCCAACUACCAGCGGGACGGGCCCAUGUGCAUGAUGGACAACCAAGGUGGCGCUCCAAAUUACUAUCCCAACAGCUUCAGCGCACCAGACACUCAGCCUGGAUUUGUGGAGUCCAGGUUCAAGGUGUCUCCAGAUGUGGCGCGUUACAACAGCGAGGACGAAGAUAACGAGACCCAGGUCCGCACCUUCUACACCCAGGUGCUGAAGGAGGAGGAAAGGCAGAGACUCUGUCAGAACAUGGCGGGGGCUCUGAAGGGGGCACAGCUCUUCAUCCAGAAGCGAAUGGUGGAGACCCUGAAGGCUGUGCAUGCUGACUAUGCUAACCGGGUCCAGAACCUUCUCAACCAGUACAAUGCAGACACCCACAAGAAGAAUGUUCACGUGUAUCGCCGCCCGGGAGCGUCCACCAUCGCCGCCUCAUCCAAGAUGUGAACGCUACCACCAGGAUGUCCUUGAAUGGCCUUGAUCAAAAUACAUCUCAAAGAACACGCACGCUGACCUGGCCCUCCGCAUCUCCCAUGUAUGAUUAAUACUGCAAAGCAUACCGUCCAUCUUUCUUCAUGCACCAAGCAAAGGAAUCCAUCCAUCCUUUCUCAUCAAUAAUAACUACUGAGAAAUAAUCCUGAAGAUUGAUCAAUCAUGAUGAAUAGUCCUGACUGCUGAUGAAUAGUCAUGGUCCACUUUGCCUUGGAUCCGUGUCUUUCUGCUGGUGCCAAACGGAGGACAAAAGGCAUAUGAGAUAUACUGUAUUAGUGCAAAGAUCGUGCUUGCUUGAAGCAUAGCAUGAAGGCGUACAGAGGGUUAGGGUGAGGGGGUUAACCCUAGCAGUACCCUAAACCCCAUAAUACCCUAAAUCCAGUAGUUCCCUACUUGGACCUAGUUGUACCCUAACCCCAGUAAUACCCUAACCCUAAUAAUACCCAGUAAUACCCUAAACCUCGUAAUACCCUAACCCCAGCAAUACCCUAACCCCAGUAAUACACACACACACGUCCUUCACCAGCGAAGUGAAUAUAUAGUUAUUUUUGUAAUAUGACAUGUUUUUACAUCAAGUAAGUGCUAAUAAUAAUUCGGAAUGAAGUAAUAUUGUGAAUUUACUCCAAGGAUGACUUUAUUUUCCUUUCCUGCUUUCCUUUUGGUGUGUAUUGUUAUGAAUCUAUCAAGUCAUGUAGUACUUUAUGAAUGGGAAGCAAACCUCAGUGCCUGUGCUGAUAUAAAUGAUAUCGUACAGAAUAUGGAAUCGCUUCCAAUACUACCAUGCCUUACAAUACUACUACAGUACUACUACAAUACUUUCAAAUAGACAUGAACUUACUUGUAGUUUGCUCAUGAAAAGUUGAUUGGAACGCAGCUUGGGCUUUAUGAAUAAUAAAACUUUGAUUCUGACGUACAAACCUUA